AUGAAGGAAGCAAAAGGGAGUUAUGUGCCACCAGCUUAUUUGCCUCUCAGUGGAGUGGAGCAGUCUGAUCCAGAAGGGGAUAAACAUGAUGAUGAGGUGAUGGUCAGCAGCAGCCAAACAACAGAAACUAAGAGGGAAAACGUUGGGCUACCAAAUCAGUGGUCUUCUGGAAUCUGUGCUUGUUGUGAUGAUCUGCAAAGUUGUUUUAUUGGACUUAUUUGCCCUUGCUUUCUUUUCGGGAAGAAUGCUGAGUACUUGGGUUCAGGAACAUUUAUGGGAUCAUGCAUGACCCAUUUUAUCCUUUGGGCUCUUGUCAAUACAAUUUGUUGUUUUUUGACCGAUGGUGUUCUUCUGGGGUUACCAGGAUGCUUUGUUUCAUGCUAUGCUUGUGGCUAUCGAAGGACACUAAGGUCAAAGUACAAUCUACCGGAAGCCCCUUGUGGAGACUUCGUUACUCAUUUCUUCUGCCAUCUUUGCGCAACGUGCCAGGAGUUUAGAGAAAUAAGGGAAAGAUCUGGCAGUCCAAAUUCGAGCUUUGAUUUAGUGGAAGUGUGGACUAAAGUUGAUAAGCAUAUGCAGGGUAGAACCCCAUCACUCUUUCCUCCUACCGCCGCUCACAACUCAGCGCCAAAACCUUCCUCCACCACCGCAGAUCGUGAUUUUUUCAUCGUUUUUCUGAUGGCGCCGAAGAAGGAUAAGGCUCCCCCACCGUCCUCCAAGCCCGCGAAGUCCGGCGGCGGCAAGCAGAAGAAGAAGAAAUGGAGCAAGGGAAAGCAAAAGGAGAAGGUGAACAACAUGGUGCUGUUUGAUAAGCCAACCUAUGACAAGCUUUUGUCUGAGGCUCCUAAGUACAAGCUCAUUACCCCUUCCGUCCUUUCUGACCGUCUCAGGAUUAGCGGUUCCCUUGCAAGGAAGGCUAUCAGGGAAUUGAUGGCCAGAGGGUCAAUCAGGAUGGUUUCUGCUCAUGCAAGCCAGCAGAUAUACACCAGGGCUACUAACACUUGA